CUCCGCUGCACGUCUGGGCCGUGGUGCGCGCGCUCAAGCGUAGCUCUCGCGCGGCUCCACUGGGUAAAAAUGGCGACCAGCUCGGAGCGCAGCCCCCCUCCCUUUUCCCAGUUUGGGAGCCAAGAGCCGACGGCCGAGCUGCGGGAUGGGGACAGUGACGAAGGGGAAGAUUUCUUCACGGGCCGGAGCAAUCCUAAAAUGGCCAAGUCAGGAGCCCAUGUGCAGCCAGCAGAUCUUUUUGGUGAACCAGAAGUUAAUGUCAGUGAGAAACCAAUGAGUUCUGGGGCCAAGAGCAACGCUUUCUGCAAAAACACUGUCAGCAACGCCACAUCCAGGUUGAACGGUGUAUGUUCAGAUGACGACCAAGACCUGUUCUCAGAGGCCAAUGUGGAGUUUUCCGUGGACAGCCAACAGAACUCCUGGAGAAAUGAAGUGUCCACACCUUCUGUGUCCACUCCAUCCUUUUCAAAUGUGCCAAAAGCAUCAAAGAGACAACCCCAGACACUGGAGGAGCUUGAAGAAGAGGAGAGUGGGGACAAGUUUGAGCUCCACAUUGGAGUCACCAACCCUAAAAAAGUUGGUGAUGGCAUGAAUGCUUAUAUGGUCUACAAAGUGUCCACACAGACCACAAUCCCAAUGUUCAGGAGCAAGGCGUUCACAGUGAGCAGAAGGUUCAGUGAUUUUCUGGGAUUGUAUGAGAAGCUCUCUGAGAAGCACUCACAGAAUGGUUACAUUGUUCCCUCACCACCAGAGAAAAGUAUUGUGGGGAUGACUAAAGUGAAGGUUGGAAAGGAAGACUCAUCCUCUGUAGAGUUUGUGGAGAGGAGGCGAGCAGCUCUGGAAAGAUAUCUACAAAGGUUGGUCUGUCACCCACACCUUUUACAAGACCCAGAUCUUCGGGAGUUCUUGGAAAAAGAUGAGUUACCCAGGGCAGUAAACACACAGACACUGAGUGGGGCUGGCCUUAUGAAGAUAAUCAACAGAGCCACCGAUGCUGUUAACAAGAUGACCAUCAGGAUGGAUGAAUCAGACAUCUGGUUUGAAGAGAAGCUUCAGGAGCUGGAAAAUGAGGACCAGCAGCUAAGGAAGCUCCAUGCUGUCAUUGACUCACUGGUUGUCCACAGAAAAGAACUCUCCGGAAAUACUGGAGUGCUAGCAAAAAGCGUGGCCAUGCUGGCCAGCUCAGAGGACAACACUGCCCUCUCCCGGGCGCUGUGCCAGUUGGCAGAGGUGGAGGAGAAGAUGGAGCAGCUGCAGCAGGAGCAAGCUGGCUAUGACUUCUUCAUCUUUGCUGAGCUGCUUGCCGACUACAUCCGCCUGCUGGGAGCUGUCCGUGGCUGCUUCGACCAGCGCGUUAAGGCAUGGCAGCGGUGGCAAGAUGCCCAGGUUGUCUUGCAGAAGAAGCGAGAGAACGAGGCCAGGAUGCUGUGGGCUAACAAGCCAGAGAGGUCACAGCAGGCUAAGGAUGAGAUCGUAGAGUGGGAGGCCAAAGUGAGUCGGUACGAGAGGGACUUUGAGAGGAUCUCUGCAACCAUUCGCAAAGAAGUUCUCAGGUUUGAGAAAGAGAAAGCCAGAGAUUUCCAGAUCCAGAUCAUGAAGUAUUUAGAGGCCCUUCUACACUUGCAACAAAAGGUCCUGAAAUACUGGGAAGCUUUCCUGCCUGAAGCAAAGUCAAUUGCUUGAUUACAAACAGAAGGGAAAAGGCUGCCUUUUUUAUAUGUAUACCUUACCUCUUGCCUAUAAACCAAGAUAAAGAAGUGUGCUAAAAAGGAAAUGAAUACAAUCUAAAGGUGUUUUUUUUUUUUUUUUUUUUUUUUUUAUAAAAACCAUCACAAUCAUUGUGUGCCAGUAUAACGUUCGUUACGUUUCAUUUACCUUUCUUAUUUGGCAGACUUCAUUUAAUUUAUGUAGGAAAUGUUUUGGGGAAAUGACUGGCAGGCCUAUCUAAUAUGUGUUCAUUUUAACUGCUGUGUGGAAAAGAGUUGUUCUCUCUCUCACUGAUGGGACCGUAGAGGUUUCUUUACAUCUAGCAAAUCGUUCAUUUGUCUGCCCACACAGUGCCACUGAUCUGGGUCGUUAUUGUAUUGUUUGGUUUUUGUACUGUCCAUUUUAGAAAGCAGAUGUUUGGCUGAAAAGUGGCAAGUCAUGGAAUCGUUAAACGUGGGCUGACUUAUGCCUCUGUUCAGCUGUUGCCGGAGGGAGUAGAGUUACCUGUCGAUUAGUAGUGGUUAAUCCAGUUUUAGAGCAGUCAUGCUUCACCACAGAGAAUGAGGACAAUCGAGGCUAUUGUACACCAUGGGGGUUUCGGGAUCAUAAGUUAGCUACACCUUACACAGUUCAGGAUAGUCUUCGGAGUGGUAUGUUGUAGGCUUAUUGCAAUUGAAAAGUGUUUUGUGUACAUUAUUCCCCAAAAUGUGCUGAAAAUAUGGGCAGUGGUCAAUUCUCUAGGGAACGGAACACACAAGCGCUACGCAGCAGGAUCCCCAUUAGUAAUUAGGUGGUUGACAGCAAGGCUUUCAAGGGAAAGAUGGUUCAAGAUAUUUUUAGCUUUUGCACUUUAGCAGUAGAAAUUGCUGUGAAAAAAAGUUUUGUCUUGGAAAGGGACCUGUCUGUUUACACA